AUGGCAGAUGAAUUAACAUUCCUAAACACUAAUACAUCAAGCCAUCUUUAUGAGAAAUUGAAAGAACAUAACUCAAGGCAUCAUCAUUAUCACCAUCAUGAAAAUAAUCAUCAUACUCAUUAUUAUGGUAAUAAUCAUAUUUUAGAUAAUAAUCUUACAACAAUAUAUAAUGAUUAUUGGGAAGCUAAUUGUACAUUUCAUGAAUGGUCAUUAUUAAAAGAUCGUGCAUCUAUUCCUAAAAUAUUUAGUAUUGUUUCUGUUCUUUCAUUACUUGUUCUCAUAGUUGUUUUUGGUAAUUUUAUGGUAAUUCUUGCUGUUAUAUUAAGGAGACGAUUACGUAGUGCAACAGGACUUUUAAUUUUAUCAUUAGCUGUUGCUGAUUUACUUGUAGGAUUAGUAAUAUUACCAUUCUCAAUUGCAAAUGAAGUUUUGGAUUAUUGGAUAUUUGGUGAAUUAUGGUGUACAGUAUGGUUAACAAUGGAUAUAUGGAUGUGUACAGCUUCAAUAUAUAAUUUAGUUGCAAUAUCAUUAGACCGUUAUAUAGCUAUCAUAAAACCAUUAAAUUAUCCUAUGUUAGUGACAAAAUUUCGGGCACGUUGUAUAGUUGCAGCUGUAUGGAUAGGUUCAUUUAUUAUUUGUAGUCCAUCAUUUAUAUUAGCAUCAUCACAUAAAGCAGAUCAUCAAAAACCAUGCCAAUGUACACCUGCUGAUGCCGGUAAAGCAUAUAUAAUUUUUAGUGCUUCUAGUAGUUUUUAUCUACCAAUGAUCGUUGUUAUUUUUGUCUAUGUUAGAAUAUAUAUUGCUGCAUGUGCUGCAACUAAAAGUAUCUAUUCAGGUACAAUGACUGUUCCAACUGUCAAUAGUUGUAAUGGUUAUGAAGGGAAAUAUUUAAAAAGUUUAAUUAUGCAAAGUCCAGCUAGUUUAACAAAAGGUACGGAACAAAUGCCUAUGUUACGUAUACAUCGUGGUUCAACUGUUAAUGCAUUAUAUUGUGGAAAAGUUGAUACUUUAAGAGUUCAUAAUGGUUCUUAUACAAGGGAUAGAAAUAGUGCUGGUAGUAUGAGUUUAGAUAGUGAUGCAGCAUGUAUGCUUAAAAAUAAAGAUGGAAAUUUAAAACUUACUCCUAAUCAUGAUAAUUUUAAACAUCUUAAUUCAACAAAACAUUCAUCUAAGUCAAGAUCAUUAUCACCUAAUGCUGCAAUACAAAAACAAUUAUCAUCAAUGUCAAUUAAUAAUAGUGAUGAACAUAAAGGUUUAAUACGUUCCGCUUCAUCAACAAUAUUUAAAUUAAUUAAAAGAGAACCAAAAAAAAAAGCAGCAGGAGUAUUUGAAAAAAGAUUAUCAAUUGAAAUUAAAGCAGCUAAAACUGUAGCUAUUGUUACAGUAUUCGAACAAAUGAUGUCUUAUGUUAUUUAUACUGUAUUUAAUAGAGAAUUUAGAACAUGUUUCAGGAAAUUCUUGACGUGUUCUCAUUGGUCAAAUUCUGCUAAAAAUGAGCUUUCAAAAGUUUAUUUAUAUCAAGGAAAUUCAUGUAAUUCAGCAACGAGGCAAUGUCAAACUCAACAAACAAUAAGUGUUAAAUCUUGUCAAGGAAAUUCAAGAAAAAAAUAA